GAAGAGACGGGAAAAGGGGAGGAAAAGUCAAAGGGCAAAGCCCCUGCUUUAGUGGAGAGUAGGCAGGACAUGGAGGGCAACGUGAUCAUAGCAGGGGACUCCAACAUGGAAAGGUGCAGGAGGGCAAUAGCUGAAAGGGUGAAGGGGGACGCCAGGGUCCGGAUUGGGGUGUUGCCUGGACAGACAAUGAGGGCGGUGAUUGAGGGGGUGAAAGAUAAACUAUGGGAGACAAAAGAAGGCCAAAACCUCGUGGUGAUAGCGGGGGGACUGAACGAUGUAUUACGAGGGAACGGGGGAGGGGUGGGGAAGCAGUUGCGCAGGGGAGUGAUGGAGUUGAGGGCGACAUCAGACGAUGUAGAGAUCCAUGUCUGCACAGUGCCAGAGGUGAGGGACCAGGGCGUUCACAUCGAGAGAGCCGUGGUGGCCGCAAACCGGGACAUCAGGAGACUGGGAAGGGAGAUGGGUUUCGGGGUGAUGGACAUAAAUUGGGAGGUGCGCAAUAACAGAGCGAAGGCUUUUGAGGGGACCGGUAUCCAUUUCAGCCCCUACGUGGGAAGGGCCGUUGGGUGGCGGAUGGCCGGGAAGGCGGUGGCUUUUUUAGGAGGCCCCAAAGCUCUAAGGGCUAGGAAUCCUGCCAGGAGCGAGGCGAAGGGCCCGUAG